GUCCAAUCGAAAGACAUGGUCAUAAUGAUUGACAAUACCAAGUACCAAAUCGAGACUUUCUUUAUUAAAGCAGUGGUCUAUCCGGUGGUAUAAAGUCUGCCACGAGUUGGCAUUGUAAGGGAGAAUCCAUCUUGGAGAGCGGUCUUCGAUUGUUAGAGCAAUAAAGGGGUUCACAGUACCAUCAUGUCUGAUACCGAGCAGCAAUUCAUGGAAACCUCCGAAAAUGGCCACGAAGAGGAGGAGGACCUGAACGGAGCUGAGACUACGGAACAGACCGAAGCCGUUGCCGAGGAAGAAGAAGAAGAAGAAGCAGAAGAUGCAGAAGAAGCAGAAGCGGAGGCAGAUGCCGAUGCAGAUGUAGAACCAGAGGCAGAUGUAGAACCAGAGGCAGAGAUAGAGGCAGAGGCAGGGGCAGAAGAGGCCGAACCGGAGGGUGAGGGCGAGGGCGAGGGUGAGGGGGAAACAGAAGCCGAUGCCGAAGCGGAGGACGCGACGGCGGAGGGGGACUCGCAGAACGGUGCUGCGGAGGGAGGCCAGAUCAACGCAAGCAAGAGCGAGGAAGAUGCGGGGAAAAUGUUUGUUGGUGGACUUAGCUGGGACACCAGUAAGAAGGAUCUUAAAGACUACUUCUCAAAGUUCGGUGAAGUCACAGAUUGCACCAUAAAGAUGGACCCCAACACCGGGAGAUCAAGAGGCUUUGGGUUUAUUCUCUUCAAAGAGGCCGCCAGUGUAGAGAAGGUACUCGAACAGAAGGAACACAGGCUAGACGGACGGCAAAUUGACCCAAAGAAGGCCAUGGCAAUGAAAAAAGAACCAGUCAAGAAAAUAUUUGUAGGUGGUCUGAACCCUGAAACAACAGAGGAAAAAAUCCGGGAGUAUUUUGGAACCUUUGGAGAGAUUGAAUCCAUUGAGCUUCCAAUGGACCCAAAAACAAACAAGAGGAGGGGGUUUGUCUUCAUAACAUUCAAAGAAGAAUCUCCUGUCAAAAAAGUUCUUGAAAAGAAAUACCAUAACGUUAGUGGAAGCAAGGUAACAAACGGAAAAGAUGGCCUUUGUGAGAUAAAAAUCGCCCAGCCCAAGGAAGUGUAUCAGCAGCAGCAGUUUGGCGGCCGCGGAGGUGGCUACGGAAGAGGGAGGGGUCGUGGCGGCCAGAACCAGAACUGGAACCAGGGCUACAACAAUUACUGGAAUCAGGGCUAUGGUAACCAAGGCUACGGUUACGGUGGCCAGCAGGGAUACGGCGGCUACGGCGGCUACGGAAACUACGACUACUCCGCGGGUUACUAUGGCUACGGCGGCGGAUACGACUACAACCAGGGCAAUACAAGCUAUGGGAAAACUCCGAGACGUGGAGGCCACCAGAGUAGCUACAAGCCAUACUGAUCACAUGUAGUGCAGGACUAAAGUAAUUAAGAGCAAGAGCCUGAGGUCCAGCUACAUCGAACGCGGGGGUCUGACUAUCCUUUGGAGUUGGCAGAAUUAGACUCGUUGCCCCCAUUUGUACAGAUCAAGUGAGGAUAUGGGGAAGCAAAUGUCACUUUUCCACUUUUUAUUUUAUAUUGUUUUUUUUUUGUGUCCAUACACAUUUCCAGAGAUGGAAGUGUUAUUUUUACUGUACUUUUUGGUACCUUUGAAUCUAAUGUAUUGUAAGGUUGUAUUUUACAUGUCUACCACAGACGAGAUCGGAGCAGCCAAGUGCUCUGGAAAUAAAAACGAUGAAUUUUUUUUCUUUAUUUUUUUUUUUUUUCCUUUGGUGUUUCUAGACUUUUAGUUUUCAUUUCCUUUUCUCCUUGUGCCGAGCGUCUGCAAGUUGCAUGGCAACAGACCUGUGGGGACUGGGUAAGAUUUAAAAAAAUUAAAAAAAAAAAAAAAAAAAAAA